GUGGUCUGGUCUCAGUGCUCACAGGGCGUCGUUCGGCUGUGUGUCUGUGUGUGCGGUGUACUCGGCUGUCUGCGGCCGGACUCUCUGUGUGUCUCAGUGCUGUGUACUCGGCUGUCGGAGCCCGGCUGUGUCGGCCGUACCGCUGUGGUGGAGUUGUCCGGGAAUCGCGGCGGAGCCCGGGGCUCUCGGUCUAGCGCACUCUCGGCUCGGUUCGCACAUAUCGCCGCCAUGGGCUGCACGGUGAGCGCCGAGGACAAAGCGGCGGCCGAGAGAUCCAAGAUCAUCGACAAGAACCUGCGGGAGGACGGCGAGAAGGCGGCCAGGGAGGUCAAACUGCUCCUGCUCGGUGCGGGAGAAUCUGGAAAGAGUACCAUCGUCAAACAGAUGAAAAUUAUCCAUGAAGAUGGUUAUUCAGAGGAGGAGUGUCGACAGUACCGUGCCGUGGUCUACAGCAACACCAUUCAGUCUAUCAUGGCGAUUAUUAAGGCCAUGGGAAACCUCAAGAUAGAUUUUGGAGAUACUGCCCGAGCGGAUGAUGCAAGGCAGCUUUUUGCACUGUCCUGCACAGCAGAGGAGCAGGGUAUCCUGCCGGACGACUUGGCUGGAGUGAUUCGCAGGCUGUGGGCAGACCAGGGAGUGCAGGCCUGUUUCAACCGCUCCAGGGAGUACCAGCUCAAUGAUUCUGCAGCAUACUAUCUCAAUGAUCUGGAGCGGAUCGCCAGGUCAGAUUAUGUGCCUACUCAGCAGGAUGUUCUCCGGACGAGAGUGAAAACUACUGGCAUCGUCGAGACACAUUUCACCUUCAAAGAUCUUCACUUCAAAAUGUUUGAUGUUGGCGGUCAGCGAUCUGAAAGAAAGAAGUGGAUUCAUUGUUUCGAAGGGGUUACAGCCAUCAUCUUCUGUGUGGCACUCAGUGCCUAUGACCUGGUCCUGGCAGAAGAUGAGGAGAUGAAUCGGAUGCAUGAGAGUAUGAAGCUGUUUGAUAGUAUCUGUAACAACAAGUGGUUCACAGAGACGUCCAUCAUCUUGUUUCUUAACAAAAAGGAUCUGUUUGAGGAGAAGAUCACACACAGUCCACUCACCAUUUGCUUCCCAGAAUACACAGGUGCAAAUCAGUAUGAUGAAGCUGCCAGUUACAUCCAGAGCAAAUUUGAGGAUCUGAACAAGAGGCGUGACACAAAAGAGAUAUACACACAUUUCACAUGUGCAACCGACACAAAGAACGUACAGUUUGUGUUUGACGCGGUGACAGAUGUGAUCAUUAAAAACAACUUAAAAGACUGUGGCCUGUUCUAAGUCAAAGGGUGGGGUCCGUGCUGGCUGCAGAUUGGGGGCUUCACCCCUUUUUGGAUUUUACAGUUUUUAUCCUGAGUUUGUUGCAUUUUGUAAUUAACCUUUCCUCUGCUGGAUCGAAGUCUGCCAAGUAGAGCAAUACACUAUGCAAGGCUGUGCAGUGCAGCCCGAGCAUGGCAGCGUUUGGUUAUAAACCCUUCCCUCUUUUUCCACCUUAAAGCUUUCUCGUCUCUUGAUUUUUUUAUUUUAUUUUUUAAACCCUUGACACUAGGGAGGGCUUUUUGAGAAGUGAGCUAGCAUGGCACUUCUGGAUCGCAAGUCACCUUAAAGCACUCCUUCGUAGUCUUGGGUGGGGAAUUGUGUGAAUCCCUGGAUAUGAAGCCGUCUCCUAUUCCAAAGCCAUCUCUGCGAUUUAAAUACCGUACAUCUUGAAGCACUAAAGCCACUGAUCCGGAAGUGAACCUAUCUGCGUGCAAGGGUCUUUAAAUGAUAAAUAUUAGCUCACUUUGAUUCCAAGGACUUACACAAGACCGCCAGAUACUGCAGAAAUGCCAAAAUGAUGGCGGUUUUCCUUCCAGUGGAAAGGAAUGGGUUAUCUUUUUGGCUGUAGCACAAGCCUACAGUAGUGCUCUUUUUUUGGCAGUAAAAGGCUAAAUAAAAUCCAUCUAAUUUCGCCUUCAAAAACAUUCAUGGUAACCAUUUUAUGCCAGAAAAAAAAUCAUUCUGCAUCCUUUUGCAGUGGAAGCUUUUAUCUACAUUCCACCACCACUGCAAUAUUAUAUAUUGUAUACCGCAGGGUUCAUUCAUUAGACAAUGAAUUGAAUACCAAACUGCAAAAUCCAGGCUAAAAUAGCCAAGCUAUAGCCAGUUUGGAUAUUGUUUCCCCUAAAUUAAAUGUUGGCCUAAAUAUUGAAAUUAGGUUUUCAAUUCUCUACAAAUUGCUGUUUAUUAAGUGAACCCCCAUGUGCACUUCCAGCCAAGAAGGGGUUAACCCAUCUAAGCAUACACACAUUCCUUAUUAAAUCGUUAUUUAAAAAAAAAAAAAAAAAAGUUGAAAAAGUCUAAAAUGUUUGGCUGGGGUGGAAAAACCUCUAAUGUGGGAGGUGGGGUUGAUUUAUUUACAUGCCCUCCCCCCCAACCCCAAAGAAGGAAUACUAGUAGCUUUUUGUGCCUUCAGCUGUUAUGAGCGUUGUUUUUUGUUUUUUCUUAAUAUUUUAUUUUAUUAAAUAUUGUAACUUUAGCUCAGCACACAACAGGAUAAUAUAAAGAGCUGCCUCUCUUA